CUUGCUGGUGGCGGUCGCGUAAGCCAUAUUUGUCAGUGGGUUCGCUAGUUCCGCAGUGUGUUGUGCGCUUUUAACACCGUUCUGGCCUGUAAAUACUCCUCGUAACGCAAGAAAUGGCAGAUACCGAGAAAAACCCCGUCUACGGACCGUUCUUCGGCGUGAUGGGAGCCGCUUCGGCCAUCAUUUUCAGCGCGCUGGGCGCGGCCUAUGGUACCGCGAAAUCCGGUACCGGUAUCGCCGCCAUGUCCGUGAUGAGGCCAGAACUCAUCAUGAAAUGCAUCAUCCCCGUCGUCAUGGCCGGUAUCAUUGCCAUUUACGGAUUGGUCAUAGCCGUUUUGAUCGCCGGUAAUCUCGCGGAUAGCAGCGAGUACUCCUUGUUCACCGGUUUCGUACAUUUGGGCGCCGGUCUAUCGGUAGGAUUCUCCGGAUUGGCGGCCGGCUUCGCCAUCGGCAUCGUGGGAGACGCAGGCGUGAGGGGCACAGCCCAACAGCCGAGGCUCUUCGUCGGAAUGAUCCUGAUCCUCAUCUUCGCCGAAGUAUUAGGUCUUUACGGUCUCAUCGUCGCCAUCUACCUCUAUACUAAAGCCUAAGCGCCCCGCUCCCCUUGUCAUCUCCUCGACGCCGGCGCGUACACGCUACAAACCAAACGCAAAUUUAAACAACAACAACAACAACAAAUGUUUCGCGCCCGUUCUUUCGCCCCCGAUAAGUUUUUUCGUUAUUUUCUAAAUGUUUACAUGUAAAAAAAAUAUAAAGUGUAUAAAAUAAAGUAAAAGAAAACUAGGUAGCAGGCGAUGAAAGUGACUGAGGGGGGGCGUUUGUAUAUAAUUUAGUUAUGAUGGGGCCCGUAUUUUCUGGCGUACGAGGCGAAACGAACGGAGCCCAUUUUGAAUGUAAUAUUUAAUUGAAAGACUGUGGCCUGCGUGGUGUCCGCGAUUAUUACUUAUUUAAACUUUUUCCUACUGUUAUAUAUUUUUUUGUUUUAUUGUUCAUUGUAUAAGUAACUACAAAUUCGUUAUCGAUUUAAUUUUUUUCUAUUAUUUUGUCCGUAUCGCCUCCGGUGCUCCGUUCGUUUCGUCUCGUACAUUACGCAAUACUUGUACCAUUGUAAAUAAUUUUAAACGCGUUUGAAAUAUCCUCCGGGUUCAUUUUCAUGGCGGGUCACCACUAUCAUUAAUUAAAUUAAUUGUAUAGUGCAUAGAUUUAGGUUACAAUUUUUCUUUUAAUAUAAUAUAUGAGAAAAAAAACAACAAAGUCUAGACUCUAUUGAGUCUAGGGGUAUUUGAAUAAACAUAAAAAAGUAGCACAAUUUAUUUUUAAUUUUCACAAAAAUGUUGCUGUACAUUUGUUUUAUCGCCGUGUAUGCUCGGAUUUCGUUAACAUUAAAGUGCCGUUAUAUUACAAGAAAAUGGUUGGAGAAUGUCGCUAAAAAUCGUAUUUAAAAUGGCGUAACAUCGGCAGAUUUAAAUUGACAUUCGCAAAUCCAUUUUCAAUACGAAUCGAUUUUUUUUAUAAAUUCGUUCCCACCCGGUUUGUAUUAUUCCAAUUCUAAAAUAUCCAAGUUUGUUUCGAUAAGAGCACCGAACCAAUCUGCGACAGUUCGAGAACAGUCCGGUACUCUCGUCGAACCAAAUUCCCCAGUUUUUUGUUACGUCUGCAUUGUUGUAAAUAUGACAACGUACGUGUAUCGAUGGUUUCUUUUUUGAUGUCCAUAGUUAUAUUAUAAAUAUAUACGUGUCUAGCUUAAAAGAUGUAGCGUAAGCUUAGUAUAAGCUGGCGUAUAAGAAUGUUAUACAGGGGCGGCGGCGGAGGCGGGGGCCCCACCAAACGGGCUCCCUCUCGCGCACCCUGUAAUUAUAUUUCCUCUUUGUUUUUUUCUUUUUAGUCAUGGAUCAUCUGAGCACGAAGCUGUUGUAGAGUAUUAUAAUAUUUAAACGAAAAAAAUAAUAUGUAGAUUGGUUCUGUUUGUAAGAAGGGAACAGCAAAAUUAUGUUGAAAAAUAAAUAAUUUGUACAUUCCAUUAUAUCUCUGUUUUAUCAAUUUAUUUGUUUUCGUUAUUUUUUUUUGUUUGUUUGUAGGAAUGUGUAGGAUGCUUUUGUGUUGUGGUAUUUAGUUGACGUGCUCAGUUUCGUCGAGAUUUUCCGUGUUCAUUUCGAAUGGGAAAUCUCGCUGGAAGGGGCCCUUCGGGUACUAUUAGAUUAUGUGCGUGUGAGGAUGAAUGGUGAAAAAGGGGUAGCUACAUUUAUCUAGGGCAAAAUCGAGCAAUGAGUUUAACAAACUGCCUAAAUGAUGAUGAUUGUGAAUAAUGAAUACUAUUUUAGUGUUAUUAAAACCGUUUGUUUUCUUAUCGAAUUCUUUAUGAACAACUGUACAAUUUCAACACAAAGCCGAUGGAUUCGAUUCGAGAACGAAUUGCCCGUUUCGAGUAAUCAAUUUUCAAAACCUUCAUCUAAUUUUAUUCAAGCGACUAGAUUAAAUCAUGCAAGUUCUGAGCUACUGCGCUUGCGCGAGUUCGAGACAAGCCCAGUGGAAUUCGGAACGGUUCUGAACAGUUCUCGCACUGAAUAGAGCAUCUCGAACCGAGAAUUUCUUUAGAUGAAGGUUACUCGAUUUUCGAAUUCAAAUUCCUCCAGUAAACGUCGAUUACCGCACAAUCCGUAAUUCACGUUGGGACUUGCAUAUUUAGCGAACAUUUCAUGUAAAUCAAUUGACGAAACCGAGCGAACCUAACUGGCUCGGCACACCGACUGACGUUAGGAAAAAAUGAACCUUUAUUCUUUUGUGUAGCGGCCAGAAAUCGAGGUAUAAAUGAAAAAUUUAGUAGAGAAAGGAGCCGAACUGUUCAGACAUAUCUCUGUUAGUCUU